GUUCACUCCACCUCCACAGAAGAGAGAGACAGAGUCGUGUCGUGUUUCCUGGAAAUUUCAGCAAAUCAUUUUUGGGUACAUAAACGCAACGCUGCUGCUCCUUCCCACGAUCGGUCAAUAGUAGCUUUUGCUUUAAAAACUUUCGAAUUCUCUGUUUGAUUCCUCUGCUUAGCUUCAUCGUUGAGCUUCGAUUUUAAGCAUUUCUUGAAUUUUUCCCCGGAAAAUAGCCUCACCUCCAAUGGGGAAGCCGACGGCGAAGAAGAAAAACCCGGAGACGCCAAAGGAUGGUAAGUCUGGGAAAAGCUACCAUCGCUCUGCCUCGAGAGCUUUCGACGAGGACAUGGAGAUUUUCAUUAGCCGAGCACUUGAGCUCAAAGAAGAAGGGAACAAGCUGUUCCAGAAACGCGACAACGAAGGAGCGAUGUUGAGGUACGACAAAGCCGUGAAGCUCUUGCCCAAGGAUCAUAUCGAUGUAGCUUACCUGAGAACCAGCAUGGCCUCUUGCUAUAUGCAAAUGGGAUUAGGUGAGUACCCGAACGCGAUUAACGAAUGUAAUCUGGCCCUCGAGGCUUCUCCUAGGUACAGUAAGGCUCUGCUUAGACGUUCUCGCUGUUACGAGGCCUUGAACAAGUUAGAUUUCGCCUUCAGGGAUGCUCGUAUUGUUUUGAACAUGGAGCCAGAAAAUGUUUCUGCAAAUGAAAUCUUUGAUAGGGUGAAGAAGAUUCUGGUUGAUAAAGGUGUUGAUGUGGAUGAGAUGGAGAAGAACUUUGUGAAUGUGCAGCCUGUUGGCGCUGCUCGUUUGAAGAAGAUUGUCAAGGAGAGGUUGAGGAAGAAUAAGAAGAAGAUGAAUAAUGGUGGAAAAGACGAGGAAGUGAAGAGCAACAGAGCCUUGGUUGAGAGUCCAAAGGUUGAAAAGGGAGACAAAGCAGAAAGCGGAAAUAAGCCGAAGGAGGCAAAGAGCGAUAAGUCUGAGAUUGAUGGAAAGAAAGCCAGUUUCAAGAAUGAUAAAGGACAGAAAAAGAAGAGUGGUAAUAAGGCAGGAAGAGAGAGGAAGCUGGAGGAUAAGGUUGUUGUCAUGGACAAAGAGGUCAUUGCCUCUGAGAUUGUUGAAGGAGGAGGAAGCUCAAAAGAAGAGGCAACAGUUGCUAGGACGGUUAAAUUGGUACAUGGAGAUGAUAUAAGGUGGGCACAAUUGCCGCUGGAUUCUAGUGUUAGACUUUUAAGAGACGUAAUCAGGGAUCGCUUUCCUGCCCUAAGGGGUUUCCUCAUUAAGUACAAGGAUCCAGAGGGUGAUUUGGUUACCCUUACCACGACAGAUGAGCUGAGGCUGGCUGCUUCUAAUCGUGAUAAACUUGCCUCCCUCAGAUUAUAUAUAGCAGAAGUUAGCCCUGACCAAGAACCAACCUAUGAUGGCAUGAACGAUGCUGAAACAACUGAGAAGGUUAUCAAAAGAUUGAGCAGUGUUGCCGAUAAUGGAAGUGUUGGAGAGUAUGUGGAAUCGAACAAAGCAUCUACCUGCUUUGAGAACUGGAUUUUCCAGUUUGCACAGCUGUUUAAGAAUCAUGUCGGGUUUGAUUCUGAUUCGUACUUGGACCUUCAUGACCUUGGGAUGAAGCUCUAUUCAGAAGCAAUGGAGGAUGCUGUAACUGGCGAAGAUGCGCAAGAGCUCUUUGAAAUCGCAGCUGAUAAGUUCCAAGAAAUGGCUGCACUAGCUAUGUUUAACUGGGGUAAUGUUCACAUGUCUAAGGCAAGGAAGCAAGUCUGUUUUCCUGAAGAUGCCUCAAGAGAAGCUAUAAUAGAAGCGGUUGAGGCUGCAUUUGUGUGGACACGGGAUGAGUACAACAAAGCUGCAGAGAAAUAUGAAGCAGCGAUUAAAGUCAAACCUGAUUUUUACGAAGCUCUUCUUGCACUUGGGCAAGAACAGUUCGAACAGGCAAAGCUUUGUUGGUAUCAUGCACUCAAAAGCAAGGUAGACCUAGAAAGUGAGGUUUCCCAGGAUGUCCUUAAGCUCUAUAACAAAGCUGAGGAAAGCAUGGAGAGGGGUAUGCAGAUUUGGGAAGAGAUGGAAGAACGUCGUCUUAACGGAAUCUCAAAGUUCGAUAAACAGAAAACACUGUUGCGUAAGAUGGAGUUGGAUGGAUUGUUUAGCGAAUCUUCAGAUGAAGAAACUGUGGAGCAGGCAUCUAAUAUGAGCUCCCAGAUUAAUCUCUUGUGGGGUUCGUUGCUAUAUGAACGGUCUAUUGUGGAGUAUAAGCUCGGGCUGCCAACCUGGGAUGAAUGUUUAGAGGUUGCAGUUGAGAAAUUUGAACUAGCUGGAGCUUCUGCAACUGAUAUAGCUGUGAUGGUAAAGAAUCAUUGUUCAAGCGAGAGUGCACUUGAAGGUAUGGGGUUCAAGAUUGAUGAGAUAGUACAGGCAUGGAAUGAGAUGUAUGAUGCCAAGAGAUGGCAGAUUGGUGUCCCAUCUUUCCGGCUAGAACCAAUGUUCCGGAGACGAGCCCCAAAGCUGCAUGAUAUCUUAGAGAACGUAUUUUCAGGGUCUGGAUAAUGAAAUAUUCUUCUCAUAUAUAUCGCUAGGCACUUUGUUUGUUUGGGAGUGGAGUUCAUUUUUUCUCUCCUCCCUUUUGGUUUGGUUUUUCUCAUCUUUCCAAAGCAAUAUUUUUUUGUUGGAGAUCAAUUUCCAUGGGAUAUACUCUUAGCCUCUGCGGUAUUCAUGUGGUGGUUGAGACUGAUUGGGACUGGGAUUCAGUCCAGAGAAGAAGGUUAGAUGGCUAACUCUCUCUUCUCUUCAGAUAGAUACAAAUUAUUGGUUAUUUCAUUGUUUGUCUUUGUUCUGUUUUGUUUGUAUGCCAAUUGGUCUGUAAUCUUCUGAUUUAUUGUUUCAAUUUAAUUAGUGAUUGUUGUGUGAAUGUCUGCACUGCUUGUAGAAUCAAUAAUCUUCAGAAUUGUUUAUUAUGUUUCGCUCA